AUGCCCUCACUUGGCUCCACGAGUCCGUCUCAAACGUCACCGAAUUCUAAAGAUGCUGUUGGUAUUCAGGAUACUAAUAGCUCCGAAACAUCUAAGCUGUCUCCAAUCGCCAAAAAACCCGACACUUCAUCAGAGAGCAAGCUGAACGCCAACCGUAAGACAGAUCUCGCUUCCUUUAGCAAACUGCCCUCAUCUGGCUCCAUUCGUCUGUCUCAAACGUCGCCAGAAUCUAAGGAUGCUGUUAGUCUUCAGGACACUGAUAGCUCCGAAAAGUCCAACCUGUCUCCUAUCGCCGAAAAACCCGACAGUACAUCAGAGAGCAAGUUGGACCCCAACUGUAAGACAGGUCUCGCUUCAGGUAGCAAAGUUCCCUCACCUGACUCCAAUACACCGUCUCAAACGUUGUCAGAAUCUAAGGAUGCUGUUAGUCUUCAAGUAAGUGAUAGCUCCGAAACGUCUAACAUGUCUCCUUUUGCCAAAAAACCUGACGGUUCCUCUGAGAGCAAAUUGAACCCCAACCGUGAAAUAGGUUUCGCUUCUGGUAGCAAAGUGCCCAUAGCUUACUCCAUUACACCGUCUCAGACGUUGUCACACUCUAAGAAUACUGCUAGCCUUCAGGAUGCUGAUAGCUCCGAAAGAUCCAAUCAGUCUCCUUCCCAGGAAGAACCUGACAGCUCAUCAGAGAGCAAAUUGAACCCCAACCAUAAGAUAGGUCUCGCUUCUGGCGGCAGAAUGCCCUUGCCUGGUUCCAUUAUUUCUUCUGAAACAUCGCCACAAGCUAAGAAUGUUGCUCGUCUUCAGAAUAUUGACAGCUCCGAAACGCCCAACUCGUCUCCUUCCGCCGAAAGAGCCGACAGUUCCUCAGAAAGAGUGUUGGAGGAUAACAGUUCUGUGAAUCUGUCUUCUGGUAGCAAAGUGUCCUCAUCUGGCUCAGUUAGUACCUCUGGUAAAUCACCCUCGUUCAAGACUGCAGAUAGUUUCUCAGAUUUUGAAACGUCCGGUGACUCUGAAUCUGCCGAAAGACCCAGAGGUAACUUACCUGUCAGCAACACACUUCAAAAUAUUCCAGUAAGUAACCUGCUAGCCGCUUCCUCUGUUAACUCCAAAGAAAGCAUUUCUAAAACUGCGGGCAAUAUUGUCAGUGUAGACACUUCUGCGGCAUUUCAGCCUGUCAACAAACCUAGGAUCUUCUUUGUGGAUCUUUCUGCCAGCGACUUUCCAGCGAGUCCCCCUGCUGACAGCGAAGCAGAUUAUUGUCCUGCCACUGCCCACCGCUAUCCCAUCAGUACCUUUGCUCCUGCUGCACCUGCCACUGCUAUUCCUUAUUUGAACACUGCCAAUAAUUACUGGCUUUCCUGCAGGCCUUUCUGCAGCCAUUCAGAUAACACUGUCAACGUGAACCUACCCCUGACAAUGAUGUGCACACCUCCCAGUCCUAACAAGGUCAUUUUUGAUAUUUCCAUUAGGAACCCGUUUCCUAUUCUUCCCACGGACAGAUUCUUACCUGACAUCAUUGCCGCCUGCAGAAAAGAAGUGGACACUACUCAGGGUGCACUUCUCACCGACUCGCCGUCCAACUGUGCGAUGACUCCGCAACAACUGUCAUUGGAUCAACUUAGUAAGGUCGGGGCAGUCUACACUGCUGGGGAUCCGACAGCCGCUGCAGCGUGUGCCAUCGUCGGUCCGGCGGCCGCAGAACCGACCGGUCUGUAUGCAGACACCAUCAAUUACGCUGCUCCGUGGAGCGUGUCACGAAACACCGUCACCUUCGGUGGCGUUCCUGUUCGUACAGUGGGGGAUCCCACAACUGUUCCACAGAGUGUGCCCUCGACCACCAUCACUUUCGGUGGUUGGCCUGCUACUACUGUGCAGUAA